AUGUGUCUCCCAGCGAUAAAAUGCCUGUAUCUACCACGCCCCCGUCUGUUCAAUAUCUAUCUAUCUAUCUAUCUAUCUCAGUCUGUUCAAUGUUUAUCUAUCUAUCUAUCUAUCUAUCUAUCUAUCUAUCUAUCUAUCUAUCUAUCUCAGUCUGUUCAAAAUCUAUUAUCUAUCUAUCUAUCUAUCUGUCUGUCUGUCUGUCUGUCUGUCUGUCUCAGUCAGUUCAAUGUUUAUCUUAGUCUGUUCAAUAUCUAUCUAUCUAUCUAUCUAUCUAUCUAUCUAUCUAUCUCAAUCUAUUCAUAUUUAUUUAGUCGGUUCAUGUCUAUCUAUUCUAUUUAUUUCUAUUUUCAUAUCUCUCUCUGUCUCUGUCUGUCUGUCUGUCUCUCUCUCUCUAUCUCUUUCUAUCUCGGACUCUUUAAAUUCAAGACUUCUAUGUCUCUGUCUGUCUGUCUGUCUCCCUCUCUCUCUCUCUCUCUUUCUGCCGACCUUAGAAAUUGUAUUUGUCUCCUAAUAUGCCUUUCGUAUUCUGUUCAUAUCCAUCUAUCUUUUUUCAUAUCUAUCUAUCUAUCUAUCUAUCUAUCGAUCGAUCUAUUUCAUCGCUACCGUCGUACAUGUGUCUUCCAUUUAUUUAUUUUUUUAUUUUUCAGUAUCUCUCAUCUUUUCUUUUUUAUCUUCUCUCUCUCUCUCUCUCUGUCACACGCAUUCUAUUUCUGUCUCUUUUCCUCUCAUCUUCUUUGUUUUCUAAUGCAUCUCCAUCGCAGUUCCCCCCACACACUCUCUCGCUCUCUUUCUUUCUUUUUCUGUCUCUCAUUAUCUUUUUUACCUUUCGAUGUCCCACCUUUUCCCUCAAUAUCCUUAGCCGACAUCAUCAUCAUCAUCAUCAUCCGAUUUUUCACUCUCUUGUUCGACUUAUCCCAGUUCCUCUCAUUUUUACUCUGUGUUGGUUUUUGUUUCUUUCUUUCUCCUCAUCUCUUAGUUCCUCUCUCUGGCCUCAGCUCUCUAUUUCUCUCUCUUUCUCUAAUCUCUCUUUUCUCUGAUCUCUCUCCCACUCUCUCUCUCUCUCUUUCUCUCUCUCUCUCUCUCUCUCUUACUCAUUUUCACAUUUUUGUGCCUCCUUCCAUCCAUUUAUUUAACCUUUUUUUCUUUUUUUUUAUUUCAAAAGCAAAAGACGUUUUUAGAGUUCCUUCUGAUUUUACUAAUCUGUGUCCCCCAUACAUCAAUCAUUUUGGGUUGUUGUGA